GCGCCCCCUUCCGGCCGAGCCGGAAGUGGAGAGGGCUUCCCAUGACGCUCCGCGGGCCGAUCAUUCUAACGCACGGAGCUGAGGGAGGAGGUCGCGAUGGCGGCCCCGGAGCCGGAAAUCCCGUCGCCGGCCGCAGGCACUGAUCUGGAGUGGUUUGACCAGUCGGAAGAAAUUCACGGCUCCCCGGUGGAACUGCCGGAGACUGCCUCUGCCCCCGAGGCUCCCGGCUCUGCGGAGCACUGCUGCCCGAGAGACUGCAUGGUGCCGGUGGUGUUUCCCGGGCCGGUGAGCCGGGAAGGCUGCUGCCGCUUUACUUGUGAACUGCUCAAGCACAUCAUGUACCAGCGCCAGCAGCUGCCUCUGCCCUACGAACAGCUGAAGCACUUCUACCGAAAACCUUCUCCCCAGGCAGAAGACGUGGUGAGGAAGAAGCCGCGGACGGCUGCCGAGGCCAGCAGCAGGAAAUGCCAACAAGCCCUGGCGGAACUGGAGAGUGUCUUCAGUCACCUGGAGGGCCUCUUUGCCCGAACCCUGGUACCACGAGUGCUGAUCCUCCUUGGGGGCAGUGCCCUAAGCCCCAAGGAGUUCUACGAACUUGACCUGUCCCGGCUGGCUCCCUACAGUGUGGACCAGAGCCUGAAUACAGCAGCCUGUUUGCGCCGGCUCUUCCGGGCCAUUUUCCUGGCUGACGCCUUUAGCGAGCUGCAGGCCCCACCGCUCAUGGGCACCAUCGUCAUGGCUCAGGGGCACCGUGACUGUGGAGAAGAUUGGUUUCGACCCAAGCUCAACUACCGCGUGCCCAGCCGCGGCCACAAACUGACCGUGAGCCUGUCCUGCGGCAGGCCUUCCGACCCAACAGUGGCUUCGGACGAUUACAUCUGGUUCCAGGCCCCAGUGACGCUGAAAGGCUUCCACGAGUGACGGAGGACGCUUCCUCAUCCUGGAAACGGAUGGCCGAAUGGCCCGGCUCCCUUCGGCACCGAGCCACCCGACUCUCGCUUGGAGCUGGCGUUGCUUCCCGGUGAGAGGGGAAGGCACUGUCCUGGCUGCCUCCCCUCCUCACACUUCCGGGGGGCUGACGGUGUGUGGCUAGGACCAUGGUAAUCAUCCCUGAGCUACAGCUUGUUGAAUCAAAGGUUGCUUUUCCCAGAGGGUGCUGGGUCAGGUGUUUCUGUUUGGGCUUGCAGAGCAAAGCCGGGUCCAGAGAGGGACACUCCUAUGGAGGCGGCCCUUCUCUGCUUGCUUGUCGUGUCCUUGCAGAGUUUUUACUGGGGAUGUAAAGGUGGAUGCAACUCAUGAACUUAAAUACAAAACAGAUGGAUUCAGAGUAAA